AUGUCUACUCCUUCCAAGACCCCGACUCCUAUCAAGAAGGGCCAGAUUACCCAGGAUGGACUUCUGGGAAUGUCAGCCUCGGAGGUCCGCCUUCUUCUGCUAGCUUCAGUUGUUCAGGACAAAGAUGGCAAGCCCGAUGCCGAGAAGAUUGCAAAGAUGUGCAACUUCACCGUGGGCAGUAUCAAGGUCCUGAUUCCCAAGGCUAAGAAGAAGCUCAUUGCCAAUAUCGACGACGGCAGCAUCCCAUUCAAGUCUCCCGCCGCGAAGCCCGUCUCCGCCAAACCCACCAAGCCAGCUCCCGACAAGUCCACCGCGCCUAAGGCUCCCGUUGCCAAGCGCGCCCGAAAGCGCAAGGCCGAGCCUAAGGAUGAUGAUGAGGCUAAGUUCGAGGCCUUAGUCCGAGCGGACUCAUCUGAGCCUGAGCAGCAGCAGGAUGCCCUGGAACAGUGCCCAGAUGAUGUCUAA